GUGGGAGGUAUAUGGCUAUUGGGCCAAUGAUGACAAAAGAAAAGAAAAUUACAUUUGGCUUCAAUGUCCAAAAUAUCAAAGUUUGGUUGCAGACUCAUGUGGUUGAAGUUUGAGAGAGGUACUAUGGAAAACACUCAUGUGGUUGAAGUAUGAGAGAUGUACUAUGGAAAACACUCUGCUUUUGCUUUGUACCUUACUCUUUCUCUUCUCCACAUAUCCAAGACUUUGGAGAUAAAGCUGGUAUCCUUGGCUGGCAUUUGGUAGUGUCGAAGCAAUCAUUCAUUCGCUUUACCCGAAGUUGAUGAUAUUCCCCGGGCUCUCCUUUCUAACUGUAUAUUCCUAGGAGAUAUUACCCUAAAGGCCUUUGUCUUGGCAUCCAAACAGCAACGAUGUCUGCUUUUGUUGGCAAAUACGCAGAUGAGCUGAUCAAGACGGCCAAGUACAUUGCAACGCCGGGAAGGGGCAUUUUGGCGGCAGACGAGAGCACAGAAACCAUCGGGAAACGAUUCGCCGGAAUCAAUGUUGAGAACAUUGAGUCCAACCGCCAAGCUUACCGAGAGCUCCUCUUCACUUCCCCUGGCAGUUACCCUUGCCUCUCUGGUGUUAUACUCUUCGAGGAAACCCUCUACCAGAAAACCUCUGAUGGAAAACCCUUCGUCGAUCUCCUCAUGGAGAACGGUGUUAUCCCCGGAAUCAAAGUAGACAAGGGUUUGGUUGAUCUAGCAGGAACCAACGGCGAGACCAUUACUCAGGGUCUAGACUCGCUUGGUGCACGGUGCCAGGACUAUUACAAGGCAGGAGCCCGGUUUGCUAAAUGGCGUGCAUUCUUCAAGAUUGGGGCCACUGAGCCAAGCGUUCUCUCGAUCCAAGAGGACGCCAAGGUGCUAGCCCGCUAUGCCAUCAUCUGCCAGGAGAACGGACUUGUCCCGAUCGUGGAGCCAGAGGUGCUGACCGGUGGGAGCCACGACAUCAAGAAAUGUGCGGCGGUGACCGAGACGGUUCUUGCUGCCGUGUUCAAGGCCUUGAACGACCACCAUGUCCUCCUCGAAGGCACUCUGCUUAAACCUAACAUGGUCACUCCCGGUUCCGACAGCCCAAAGGUUGCACCGGAAGUAAUCGCGGAAUACACGGUGACUGCUCUGUGCCGUACAGUCCCACCAGCUAUUCCGGGAAUCGUGUUCCUCUCAGGCGUACAGCGGGAAGAGCAAGCGACACUAAAUCUAAACGCAAUGAACAAGCUUGAUGUGUUGAAGCCAUGGACGCUCACUUUCUCUUUUGGCGGAGCCCUCCAGCAAAGCGCUCUCAAGGCUUGGGCUGGUAAAACCGAGAACGUAGCCAAAGCUCAGGCCAAGUUCCUGACCAGGUGCAAGGCUAACUCGGACGCUACCCUCGGGAAAUACACCGGCUGGGCUUCUGGUGAUUCGGCCGCCUCCGAGAGCUUGGUUGUGAUAGGAUACAGGUACUAGGAUUGUUUGAGAACGGGCGUUCACCUUUGAUGCGGUUUGAGUAUAUGUCUAAUGUUUCGUUGGUGUUGUAACUGUUCGAAUGUUCAGUUUUGCAAAUUGCUAAUAAUUGUUAUUUUUCCA